CCCUCCCUCGGCGGCGCCUCCUCGCCGGACGCUGCGGCCGCCGUGGUAACUCGAUCCGCGGCUGGGUUUGGGCCUCGGUUCGCGUCACCGGCGCGGAGACACUCCGGCCCCCGGAGUAGUAUCCGCCGCUACGCUGCGGCCGCGCAGUGCCGGCACCGCAGUCGGGCGCGCGGGCGCAUGGCGCAGAGGCUGGGCGAGCGGGCACGGGGCCCCGCCGAGGCCACCGGGCUCUACCGGGCCGUGCUGCUCAGGUCGGCGUCAAUGUACUCGGAGAUCCAGAGGGAGCGGGCAGACAUCGGGGGCCUGAUGGCCCGGCCCGAGUACAGAGAGUGGAACCCAGAGCUCAUCAAGCCCAAGAAGCUGCUGAACCCUGUGAAGGCAUCCCGGAGCCACCAGGAGCUGCACCGAGAGCUGCUCAUGAACCACAGAAGGGGCCUGGGCGUGGACAGCAAGCCGGAGCUGCAGCGAGUCCUGGAGCACCGCAGGCGGAACCAGCUCAUCAAGAAGAAGAAGGAAGAGCUAGAAGCCAAGCGGCUGCAGUGCCCCUUUGAGCAGGAGUUGCUGAGACGGCAGCAGAGGCUGAACCAGCUGGAAAAACCACCGGAAAAGGAAGAGGAACACGCCCCCGAAUUUAUCAAAGUCAGGGAAAACCUGCGGAGAAUCGCCACGCUGACCAGUGAAGAGAGAGCGCUGUAGAGCAGGCUGUUGAAACUCCAGCCCGCGCCGCCCACCCCUGGCCCCCACACCCUCCUCCAGCCCUUCUGUAUCUAGCAUUCCUGGCCCCAAGCCUGGGGACUUCUGCGAUGUUCAUGCUUGCUCUUGUAAAAAUGCCCCAGAGAGCCUGGGCCCUCCUUCCCGCCCACCAAAAGCUGGGACCCAGGCUUUUCCUUCUCAGCACUCACUGCUUCUGCUCCAAGAGGAAGCUACUGCGGGGGAAACUUUCCCAAGGCACUUCUCCUUGAAGGGGCUUCUGAGCUCUAGGGAGAUCUUUCUGGCAGAAUUGAAUAAGGAGAGACAGGCACCUCUUUGGCCUGACCAUCCCUCCAUUUUGCCCAGGCCCCAUGGGGCCCUGCUUCUCUGGGCAGCCCAGCUCCCAGGUCUCAGAAAACGUCCUAGCCAGGUGUGGGGCAGCUAAGUAGAGCAUCUCAGAACACCUGCCUUGAAAGCCAGCUGAGGGGAAUAUGGUUCAAGGGUAGCUGUCCUCGGUGAUGAAGGGCAGGGUAACCCACAAGGUGGCCUUGGGGGUCAUGUGAUGCCAGGUUGCAAGAGUACUAACCAGGACGGCUUCUUAGAGUCUGCCAGCUUCCCCCACACCCAUGCUUUUGUUUUCUCCUCUCCGCAGCCUCCCUGCCUGGGCCUUGUAACCACAUCUAACCAGGACUGCAGCCUUCCUGCUCCCAGAAGUCUAGAACAGUGCUUCUCAAACUUUAUUGUGCCUACAAAUCACUGGGGAUCUUGUUACAAUACGGCUUCCGACUCAGUAGAUCUGGGGUGGGGGCUGGGACUCUACAUGUCUCACAAGCUCUGAGGCUGCUGGUCUGACCCCUAGGCUGCAGGCUCGAGCAGCCAGGGGCUGGUAAAUACUGGAAACAUCAUCCCUGAAGCCACCUCUGCCCCCCCAAUUGCCAUGAACCUUUGCCCUGGGGGUUCCCUACCCUGACUGUGGAGCCCCAAGGGCUCCUUAUUGCCCACCCCAUUCCAGGGACCCCAGGCCUGGGAAGACAUUUGCCUAGCAAACUGUGUCAGUUAUAUAACUGUCGUCACUGGAGAUGUAUAUAAUUGCCAAUCUGCAUUUUCUUACCACAUUGUUUUGAUGUAAUUCUGGCCAAAAAAAAAAAAAAAGAUUGUUUCUGUUUUACCUUUUCCUGAAGCCUAUGGAGAGCAAAUAUACAGUGAUUUCCAGUGGGCUUCUGGAAAUACAAACCGUGGUUUGAAGACCCCACUGCUACCCUUACAGACUGGCUCCUUUGAGUCCCCAUUUCCAGCCUCUGCACCCACUCUCUACGUGGUCUCUACCACCCAAACCGCCCUCAAUGAACUCACCCGUUCUUCCUAAAAAUCCCUCCCCACACGAGACCAAAUGUUUUAACCUUUUGCCUCUAUCCCAUUCUGAAAGAUUUAUAGAAUAAACCAGCCCUGCUUUUCCCUG